CACAGUUGUCUGUCUGCUCUGCUCUGCUCUGCAAUUGACGCUAAUUUAUAAACGGUUAUGUUUUUUAUUUUGUUUAAGUAACUUCGGUAACUUCGACUAAGCACUAUUAAAUGCUAUUCUAAUUUUUAUUCACCUUUUCUAGAGACUAGAUUUUUAUUAAUAUUGUGACUUAAUAAUUUUCGAUAAUUAAUCAAGGAAUAAAUAAGAGAAUUAAUUUAAAAGCUCCAAAAACAACAAGGCAGUCUAAUGGAAAAUAAAGAACGCGAAGUGGAUUUAUAUCGCGAAACACCCUUACGGUACCUGGGUUACACGAAUGAAGUCGGAGAAGCAUUUAGAAGUGUGGUGCGAAAACAUGUUGUAUGGUCCUCUUACAUACUAGCUUCUGGAUAUGUUAUUGCCGACACAUUUCAUAAAGCGUCCAAAGUUUACAAGGUGGACACAUCAUUAGAUAAGGGGAAAAAGAUACUUCUAUCUGCAACGGAUACUUUAUUGUGGCAGGGAUUGGCAUCAAUCGUUAUUCCCGGAUUCACAAUAAAUAGGAUAUGCGCAGGAGUUGGAUUUCUUCAAAGGAGAAAUAUGAUUUUUAAUUUAAAGAGUCCUUGGAUUUCAACUGCAGUUGGUCUUGCCUCAAUCCCAUUAAUAAUUCGACCAAUAGAUAUGUCAGUCGAAAGUAUGAUGGACUCUACUUAUCGCAAGUGGACGGGUUACCAUCCUUCUAGUAAAUCAAUGGAAAAUAAAAAGAACUAAAUUCCCAUUAUAAUAAUAAAUAGUACAAAUUAGAAUUUAAUUAUAAAUUUAUAAACAAAUACAGCACGAUCAAAAUUAAAA